AUGGGGGAGGCCGGGCCGGGUGCCGGGCUGGGGCCCAGGGCUGCGCAGGAGCCCGAGGAGGACGAGGCGGCCGCGCCGGGCGCCACACGAGGGUGCCGGGCCGGAUCCCGCGGCGGCAUCCGGGUGCUGAAGAGGAACGCCAAGCGCACCGGGAGCAGGAGCUGCCAGAGCAGCAGUCGGGUUGGUUCCCGUGAGAGGACCUGGCUGAAAGGGGAUGUUCGACGAGGCUGCGUGUAUGUUUAUGGGAGAGACUCAGCAGCUGCGGCUCCUUCGGACUUGCACCUGGUCCUCUGCACAGUGGACACCCAAGCCGCGGAGAUCUGUGACAGAGAAGGGAGGAAAAACCUCUUUUUGCAGCUUCAUGGAGACCUGGUCAGGAGGCUGGAGCCCACAGAAAAACCCCUUCAGAUUGUGUAUGACUACUUGGCUGGGUUGGGUUUUGAUGAUCCUCUCAGAGUGCAGGAAGAGGCAGCAAACUGUGAUCUCAGCUGUAUGAUUCGCUUUUACAGUGAAAAGCCAUGCCAAUUGGAACAGUUGGAUCGCAUCCUGCUCUCUGGAGUCUAUAACGUACGCAAAGGAAAGACCCAGCUGCACAAGUGGGCAGAGCGCUCAGUCACUCUCUGUGGUACGUGCCUCAUUGUGUCCUCAGUGAAGGACAGCCAUGCAGGGAAGAUGCACAUCUUGCCUCUCAUUGGAGGGAAGGUGGAAGAGAUGAAACGUCGGCAGUACACCCUUGCUUUCACAUCUGCUGGAGCACAAGCUCAGACAUACCACAUUUCCUUUGAAACCCUGGCAGAGUGCCAGCGGUGGCACCGGCAAGCAUCCACGAUUGUGUCUAUGCGAUUUAGCAUGGUUGAUCUUUCAUGCUACAGCCUUGAGGAAGUACCAGAGCACCUCUUCUACAGUCAAGACAUCACCUACCUCAACUUACGCCACAAUUUUAUGAGAACAAGUGGAGCAGGGAGUCUUGACUCUCUUUGCAGGUUUUCUCAAUUGAAGAGUCUGAACUUGUCUCAUAAUAGACUGGGAGAGUUUCCUGUACCACUGUGUGAGAUCUCUACUCUGACAGAGCUUAAUAUUUCCUGUAAUGGACUUCAUUACUUGCCAAGUCAGAUUGGCAAACUGUUGAAUCUCCAGACUUUCUGGCUUGAUGGCAAUUUCCUUACAUCCUUACCAGAAGAGAUGGGAAACCUGCAGCAGCUCAGCUGUCUUGGGCUUUCCUUCAAUAACUUCGGUGUACUGCCAGCAAUUUGUGAGAAACUUGUCACCUUAGACAAACUAGCCCUGGCAGGGAACUUGCUAGAGAUCCUGGACCUGACAGUGCUGAACCGUAUGGGUCACAUCAAAAGUGUGGACCUGAGGCUCAACAACCUGAAGAGAGCAGUGGCUGACACUCUGGAGGGGAACAAAUCUGUGGCUUACAUGGAUUUACGAGACAAUCUGAUGACAGAUCUGGAUCUGAGUUCCUUGGUCAGCCUGGAGCAGCUACACUGCGAGCGAAAUCAGCUGAGAGAGCUGACCCUGAGUGGCUUCUCCCUUCGGUCCCUGUAUGCCAACAGCAACUGUCUGACAGCUGUCAAUAUUUAUCCGGUUCCUGGUCUACUGACAUGUCUAGAACUCUCUCACAAUCAACUACAGUGUGUCCCAGACUGGGCCUGUGAAGCAAAGAAACUGGAAGUUUUGGAUGUGAGCUACAACUUACUCUUGGAGCUUCCAUCGAGGAUCCUCAGAAGCUUGAGUCUUCGGAAGUUGAUGGUGGGACACAAUCAUCUGCAGAGCCUUCCACCUCUUCUAGAACACAUUCCACUGGAGGUGCUGGACCUUCAGCACAAUCUGUUGACUAAACUCCCAGAGACACUCUUUGUCAAAGCUCUGAACCUCAGGUACCUGAAUGCAUCUGCAAACAGCCUGGAGUCCUUGCCCUCCGCAUGUCUGGGGGAGGAGAGUUUGAGCAUGCUGCAGCUGCUAUACUUGACUAAUAACAACCUCACAGAUCAAUGCAUCCCUGUCUUGGUGGGACACCCAAACCUACGGAUUCUGCAUCUGGCAAACAACAGCCUGCAGACUUUCCCUGCAAGCAAACUUAGUAAGCUGGAGCACUUGGAAGAGCUGAAUCUCAGUGGAAACAAACUGAAAACAAUUCCUACAACGAUUGCAAACUGCAAGCUACUUCAUACGCUUAUUGCACACUCUAAUGAAAUCACCAUUUUUCCAGAAAUCAUGCAUUUGCCCCAUAUUCAGUUUGUGGAUUUGAGCUGCAAUGAGUUAACUGAAAUCCUAAUCCCUGAAGCACUGCCAGGUGCCUUGCAAGAGCUGGAUCUGAGUGGAAACACAAACCUGGUCUUAGAACACAAGACACUGGAUAUCUUCAGUCACAUUACCACACUGAAGAUUGAUGCUAAGCCCUCCCUCAUGGCAGACUCAGCACUCAGUUCUGCCUUCUGGAGUCACGGAGUAGCUGAGAUGGCAGGCCAAAGAAAUAAGCUGUGUGUGUCAUCCCUGGCACUGGGCAGUUUUGCAGAGGGGAUGGAGGCUGUGUAUGGCAUGUUUGAUGGUGACAAGAAUGAAGAACUGCCACGUUUGCUGCAGUGCACCAUGGCCGAUGUGCUCCUGGAGGAGGUACAGCAGUCUGACACCAUGUUCAUGUCCAACACCUUCUUGGUCUCCCACAGGAAGCUGGGCAUGGCUGGGCAGAAGCUGGGCUCCUCUGCUGUCCUUUGCUACAUUCGUAACGAGGUGGCUGAUCCAGCCAGCAACUUUUCUCUGACUGUGGCCAAUGUGGGGACGUGCCAAGCCGUUCUGUGCCGAAGUGGAAAAGCACUGCCUCUCUCCAAAGUCUUCAGCCUUGAACAAUGUUCAGAAGAAGCCAGGAGAGUCAAGGAACAAAAAGCCAUUAUAACAGAGGACAAUAAAGUCAAUGGUGUGACUUGCUGUACUCGGAUGCUGGGCUGCACGUACUUGCAUCCUUGGAUCCUGCCCAAACCACAGGUCAAUUCCAUUCCAUUGACUGUACAAGAUGAGUUGCUACUUCUAGGGAACAAAGCUCUCUGGGAACACCUUUCUUAUGAAGAGGCUGUCUCAGCUGUGCGGCACCUACACGAUCCACUAGCUGCUGCAAAAAAACUCUGCACUUUAGCCCAAAGCUAUGGUUGCCAAGACAAUGUUGGUGCAAUGGUGGUAUGUCUGAACAUCAGUGAGGACAACUGCACAUGUGAGAUGCACGGCCUCACUCUGACAGGCCCUGGGGGAUUUAGUUCUACCACCACCAAACCAGCAACACCUUCAUGUAGCAGUGGAAUUGCUUCAGAGUUCAGCAGUGAACUAUCUGCUUCUGAGGUUAGCAGUGAGGUGGGCUCUACUGCAUCAGAUGAACAUGGUGCUGUUGGUCUCGAUGGCAGCUUGCUACCACGACAAGAACGACGUUGCAGCCUACAUCCUGUGCCCCCCUCAAGCAUCUUUCAGCGCCAACCUUCCAGUGCCACCUUUUCUAGCAACCAGUCUGACAAUGGUCUAGAUAGUGAUGAUGAGCAGCCUGUGGAAGGUGUGAUAACAAAUGGCAGUAAAGUGGAGGUAGAGGUGGACAUCCAUUGCUGUAAAGGCAAGGGUCUGGAAUUGGAACAUCCUGGUGCAGAUUACAGCUCUUCUGCUCCAGGGUCAGAGGAUGACUCUGGGCUUGUACUCAUCAUUCGGAGGCAGAAUAGUGUAAACAGCAACACUGUGCAGAGAGGGCUCAAGGAGAAGUGUGAGCUCCAAAAAUCUUUUUCCACAUGUUGUCUUUAUGGAAAGAAGCUUUCCAAUGGCUCCAUAGUGCCCUUGGAGGAGAGCCUCAACCUCAUUGAAGUAGCGACAGAGGCACCUAAGAAGAAGACAGGCUAUUUUGCUGCUCCAUCCCAGAUGGAGCCAGAAGAUCAAUUUGUGGUGCCACCUGAUCUGGAAGAGGAAGUGAAGGAACAAAUGAAGCAGCACCACAAGGACAGAGCAGAUCAGGAGCUGAAAGAAGAACUUGCAGCAUCCCUGCCAGAUGAGUUUGACACAGCUUUGUAACCCUAUGAGUACCAUUCCCACAUUAUCUGUCCCAGGAAGCUCUGUUUCACAAGGGCUGUCAUGCCCUCUGAGAGAGCUGGGAUCUGCAAGGAGUACAGACACCUGCUGCUUCCUUAAUGGAGUUGAGGAAGAAUCAGGAAGGUCAACGUCUGGGCUGUCCACUUAACUACUGUAGUGUCUCAGUUGUCCUAUGAGCACGCAGAUCAGCUGCUGAGCUCUGUGUUAGGGACUGUCUGGUAAGUCCUUGAAUCCUGAGGUUCUGCCAGAAAGGGGCUAGUGUAUGUGUGUGUGGGGUGAGGAGGCUGCUGAGAGAGAGAAAUGCUCAGUGUUUAGAGUCCUGUGAAUAUUUCUGAUGCCAUGUCCCACCCCUCUCCCCAGAACCUGACUUUUUUAUUCCUUGAAAGAAUACAGCCAGUUGCAAUGAAGCUGACCUGA